AUGUCAAAGGGGACAUUUAAAGAACUGGACAACCUGCUGAGCGAAGCAACCGGUCACGUUGAAAGUCUACGGUUCCAGAAACAGGAGCUGAUUGGGAUUUCUGAACACAUCGUAGUGUACCUCAUCGUAACUGCUUUGGACGAUUCAACGCGAAUGGCUUGGGAGCGCACCCAGCAGAGAGGAGAGCUUCCGAAAUACGAUCAAACUAUUUUCUUCCUCAAGACGAACUGCCAAAUCUUGGAACAGUGUGAAUCAUCACGAGCUCUAUCUCAGCCAACAAUUCCCAAGACAAAAUCCAUGUCAAGCAUUAGCAAGAUGCCACCGCUAAAAACAAAUGCAGCCACCACAAGCUCCAGUACCUAUCAAACGUCGUGUCAAAUCUGUGGUGGUGGACAUUUCAACUUCCAGUGUGAAACGUUCAAGCAACUAACUGCCACACAACGGGCAGAAAAGGUUCGAGCAACUGGUUUGUGCUACAACUGCCUCCGCAAGGGCCAUCAGUCGAGAGAAUGUACGUCGAGCAAAACGUGUCAACGAUGCAGCAAAAGACACCAUACCCUCCUCCACGAAGAAAACGGACGAAACAACAGCCAUGAGGGCAAAACAAAUGUCGCUUGCCCACAGCCACCUCGAAUCGUCAAUCAAGAAGCUGCUAUUCAACCUCCUGUUCCGGUGGUGGAUCAAUCCGUAUCCACUACUUGCUCAAGUAACUAUGUUCCAGCAUCGAAGACCGUUCUACUGCUCACUGCAGUCGUCCAAGCCAUAGACAAGCAUAACCGACCACAUCCGUGCCGAGUUUUACUUGACAGUGGGUCUCAAGUAAAUUUCGUCACUGAGGAAAUGGCAAACCGCCUUGGUGCUCCUAAGAUGCAAGCUAACGUCCCAAUCACAGGAAUCAACGCUUUGAGAAGCCUAGCUCGGGAUAAAGUCUUCAUUAAAUUUCGAUCAAGCUACGGAGGUUUUCAAGCAAAUAUUGAGUGCCUGGUUACUCCCAAAGUGACUGGUAUUAUUCCGAACGUAAGGAUCGAUUUUGAUUCAUGGAAACUUCCAGAAGGCAUCCAGCUCGCCGAUCCACGUUUCUUCCAUCCAGAAAAGGUCGACAUGCUUAUCGGAGGAGAGCUUUUCUUCGAUAUUUUGAAGCCUGACCACUUUAGCCUUGGUACGAAUCUUCCUCAACUACGUGACACUCAUCUAGGAUGGGUGGUAGCAGGCGUGAUAAACGAGCCGUACAUUUCCAAUGCGGCAAUUCAACAUGCCAACGUUGCGUCAAUCAACACCAUUGAGAAAAUGAUGCAACAAUUCUGGAAUAUGGAGGAAGUACCGGAUGUGUCUCCCUUUUCACCCGAACAACUGUCUUGUGAAGCACAUUUUAUGUCAACAUACGAGCGUAAUGAAACCGGCAGGUUCGUGGUGAGAUUACCCUUCAAGGACAACGUAGAGCUGCUAGAUAAUUGUCGUUCUCUGGCAUUAAAACGAUUUCUUAUGCUGGAGAAACGCUUAGAACGCAAUCCGGAGCUAAAGCAAUCAUACUGCGAAUUCAUCAAACAAUAUGAAGAACUUGGCCACUGCCACUGCCACUGCCACUGGGAAAUCAAGGAGGCUGACGAUCCACCGAAUUUGAGCACCUACUACCUUCCACACCAUGCUGUUCUACGACCGUCGAGCUCAACCACCAAGUGUCGUGUGGUAUUCGACGCUAGUGCCAAAUCGGAGGCGUCUAAAUUAUCGCUCAACGAAGUGCUACAGGUCGGUCCGGUGGUGCAAAACGGGAUAUUUUCCAUUACGCUGCGAUUCCGUAAGUACUUUUAUGGUUUUUCAGCGGACGUAGAAAAAAUGUACCGACAAGUGCUUAUGGCGCCAGAGGACAGACGCUUUCUUCGUUGCUUCUGGAGAUCUGAUCCUUUCCAUUCUCUACGGGUACUUGAGUUGAAUACGGUUACAUACGGUACCGCGUGCGCGCCGCAUCAAGCAACGAGGUGUUUGGUGCAGCUAGCUAAGGAUGAUGGCACUGAUUUUCCUAUCGGUGCUCGCAUUCUGAGUGAAGACUUUUACGUUGAUGAUGCCCUGUCUGGUGCCAACACUAUAGAAGAAGCCAUCGAGUGUCAACGUCAACUAAAAUUACUUCUUGCUCGAGGUGGAUUUCACAUCCACAAAUGGUGUUCAAACUCGAACGAAUUCCUCGAACACAUACCACCAGCCGAUCGUGAAAGGAGGGUUCCAUUAACCGAAUAUGGACCGAACGAGGUGAUAAAGGUGCUUGGUUUAUUGUGGGAUCCUAACGUCGACGUCUUUUUGAUUGCUAAUCCACCUAGCAGUUGUAUUCCGAAAGAUAAGCCAGCCACAAAACGAGAAAUUUAUUCUGAGGUGGCAAAGUUAUUCGAUCCACUUGGGCUUUUCGCGCCGGUUAUCGUUAUUGCCAAGCUAUUGGUACAACAGCUGUGGAGAACGUCAGCAGGAUGGGAUGAUCCAAUCGACAAAACAUGUCAAGAAAAAUGGUCUGUUCUUCAAGUGUCGCUGCCAGAACUUCAACUUAUCAAGGUUCCACGAUGUGUUGCAUUUCCUGAUAGUGUCGCUUAUGAAUUGCAUGGCUUCGCUGAUGCAUCAAAUGUGGCUUAUGGUGCGUGCAUCUAUUUGCGAAGCAUUUUCGUUGAUGGUUCUGCACGAUUGCGUCUUUUAUGCAGCAAAUCAAAGGUCGCUCCAUUGCACGAUCUUUCCAUUCCACGGAAGGAACUUUGUGCUGCCCUUCUAUUGACGCAAUUAAUCGCCCAAGUGAUUCCUGCGCUCCAGAUGCCUUUUCGAAGAGUUGUCCUUUGGUCGGACAGUACAAUCGUUUUGGCUUGGCUCAAGAAGCCAUUGGAUCAGCUUCAAACGUUCGUGAGGAAUCGGAUUGCGAUUAUACAAACAGAGACCAAGGAGCAUGAAUGGAAUUAUAUUCGUUCGGCAAACAAUCCCGCCGACAUCGUUUCACGAGGGCAGCUGCCGGAGGACUUGAAACAAAACAUCCUUUGGUGGAAUGGUCCACAUUUUCUGGAGGAGUGCACAUACGAGGUCGACGAAGUUGAAGAAAUUCCCGAGAACAAUCUUCCUGAGCUUAAAGCUCAUGUUGCAACGCGUGAAAGUAGCUGCGACCCUUUUCCAUUCUUCCUGCAUCAUAGUUCGUUUAGGAAAAUCCAACGUAUCAUGGGAUAUGUUUUGAGGUUUAUCAGCAACUGCCGGGGUAUCCGGACAUCGAAUUCGGUGAAACAAAUUCCUCUCACUAUCGUAGAACUUCGUCAAGCAUCAGAAGCAAUCGUGAAGGUGAUCCAGCGUUUGCAUUUCGGCGAUGAAAUUCAACGAGUGGUUUCCAAACAAACAUGUAAGCGUCUUGGCAACCUGAGUCCAGUGUAUGAUAACGGCUUACUACGAGUCGGAGGGCGAUUGGAUCGCUCUAAAUUGCCGUUUGCAUCGAAGCAUCAACUCAUUAUUCCCGACAAUGAUCCUGUAAUAAAGAAAAUGAUUAGUGCGUUGCAUGUAGAACAUCUCCACGUUGGACAAACUGGUUUAAUCAGUGUUAUUCGCCAAAGAUACUGGCUCCUGAACGCGAAAUCUACUGUGCGACAAGUCGCUCGUUCCUGUGUCAAAUGUUUUCGUGUUAAUCCCGUUGAAAUCAAGCAGCUGAUGGGGAAUCUACCGUCGUCAAGAGUCGUUCCAUCACCACCUUUCGCAGUGACUGGGGUGGAUUAUGCAGGUCCGUUCCAAGUGAGACAAGGUUCACAUCGUCCGAUGCUGAUGAAAUCGUAUGUUGCGGUUUAUGUAUGUAUGGCGACGAAGGCUGUGCAUUUGGAAAUUGUAUCGGAUUUAUCAACUGAUGCCUUCCUGGCGUCAUUAAGAAGAUUUGUUAGCAGAAGAGGAAUGGUACAGCAAAUACAUUCGGACAAUGCUACUAAUUUUCACGGAGCGGAGAAUGAACUACAUGCGUUAUACCAGCAAUUCCAAGACCAACAAGUGGUGAAGAAAAUCCAACAGUUUUGCCAAGUUCGGGAAAUCCAGUGGCAAUUCAUUCCACCGGACGCACCAGAGUUCGGUGGUCUCUGGGAAGCAGCAGUUAAGGCGACGAAAUUCCACCUGAAGCGCAUAGUAGGCAAUGUAAAACUCACGUUUGAAGAAAUGGCGACUAUUCUGACGGAGAUAGAAGCUAUUUUGAACUCUCGUCCAUUGUUCAGUUUGUCCAGUGAUUCAUCAGACCCACAGGUAAUUACACCAGCUCAUUAUUUGAUAGGUCGACCCUUGAAUGCUCCAGCCGAGCCAUCCUUGGAAGAUAUCAAGGUCAACCGACUUGAUAGAUGGCAGCAUCUGCAACUAAUGCGUGAGCAUUUCUGGCGAGCGUGGUCUAGGGACUACCUCAAUACUCUUCAGCCACGUAAGAAAAACCUACAGGUAACAACAAAUCUGCGGCCUGGAAUGGUAAUCCUUCUCCACGAUAAGAACCAACCACCGCUCAGUUGGAAACUGGGCAGAAUCACAGCUGUGUAUCCAGGUGAUGACGGCUUAGUCCGAGCCGUUGACGUAUUCAGCAAUGGAGCAACCUACCGCCGGCCCAUCAACAAGGUUUCAGUUCUUCCUAUCGAGGACAACAUCGUCUCUUCUUCUGUGUCUAGUUCUGUUGAUACGAUGUCUCAACCGGGGGGAGAAGGUUCUGUUCGUCACAGCAGUGACGCUCAAUAUUGA